GUGAAAAAGAACGAAAAAAAAAAGGGGGAAAAUUUUGAGAGAGACAAAUAAAAAAAGAAAGAAAAAUACUGUUUACAACACUUGUCUUGAUGGGGAAGAGCCGCAAUUGGGAUUACACAUCGUGACUCCGGUUUCCACAGAAGUCAUUGGUGAGUAAACAGAGCAGAAGGACGAUGAGGUGCCCGUACUGCACGGCGGCGCAGGGGCGGUGCGGCACCACGGGGUCAGGCCGAUUGGUGACGGAGUGCACCUCCUGCGGACGAGUCAUGGAAGAGCGCCAAUCCCAAAUCCACCACUUAUUCCACCUUCGAGCCCAAGAUACCCCUCUCUGCCUCGUCACUUCAGACCUCCCACCACCUCCUCCUCAGCAAGCCCAGACCGCCCAGGAACAAGAAGAUGAUCCUUUCGAGUCCACCGGCUUCAUCUCCGCCUUCUCCACCUGGUCCCUCGACCCAUGCCCAAUCUUCGCCCGCUCGUGCCUUUCCUUCUCAGGCCACCUUGCUGAACUCGAGCGUGUUCUCGAAUCAUCAUCAUCAUCCUCAUCUUCUUCUGCUGCUGCUGCGGCAGCGUCGUCUUCGUCUCUGGCCUCCUCUGGACCUGCGGUUGUGGUCGAUAAUCUUAGGGCUUAUCUGCAGAUCAUAGACGUGGCCUCCAUUUUGGGGUUGGACUAUGAUAUAGCGGACCACGCAUUUGAGCUGUUCAGGGACUGUUCUUCGGCUACCUGUUUGAGGAAUCGCAGUGUGGAGGCUCUUGCCACUGCUGCUCUUGUUCAGGCCAUUAGGGAGGCCCAGGAGCCCAGAACUCUUCAGGAAAUCUCAAUUGCAGCCAAUGUACCCCAGAAGGAGAUAGGGAAGUACAUCAAGAUACUGGGAGAAGCUCUACAACUAAGCCAGCCCAUUAAUAGUAAUUCCAUAUCAGUCCAUAUGCCAAGAUUUUGUACGCUUCUACAGCUCAACAAAUCUGCUCAGGAACUGGCGACACACAUUGGAGAAGUUGUGAUCAACAAAUGCUUCUGUACUCGAAGGAACCCCAUUAGCAUUUCUGCAGCAGCUAUAUACUUGGCCUGCCAACUAGAAGACAAGCGCAAGACCCAGGCCGAGAUUUGUAAGGUGACGGGUCUAACUGAGGUCACUCUUCGAAAAGUUUACAAGGAGCUAUUAGAGAAUUGGGACGAUCUUCUCCCUUCCAAUUAUACUCCAGCUGUCCCUCCAGAGAAAGCAUUUCCCACAACUGCAAUUACCUCUGGCCGUUCUUCAGCACCUAGAGUUGAUCUUAUAGAAAUUGUUUCUUGUCUGGACAGGGAUAAGCAGCCCGAAAGCAAACCAAGUAAACAGAACGAGACCUUGGAAACUUCCCACCAGGCCAGAGGCAAAGAGGACACUGAAUGUAAAGGGAACUGUCAAGGAGCCCAUACACUUGGUUUGAACCGGCCAACAACUUUCUGGCAGCUCCCAAUCCCAUUUGGGGGUUCUGGUUUUAGGACAUCAGGGGAGAAGAAUCAAAUUGUGAGUGGAGGAAUGGACUUGAACGAGGGUGGGGCUAAUCCUCAAGAGUUGGAGCAGAAGUUAGACAACGGCGCAAAGGCUGCAACUGUUUCUGUGAGGGCUGAGCAGUUUCCUAGUGCCCCGCCUUCAAGUGGGAGUUCCAUAACGUGGCCAUUUCGGCAACCACCUUCAUCAGGAUCUUCUUCUUCAUAUGCUCAACUUAUGCAAUCAUUGAAGGUAGCAUCAGGUUUUCCAGAGCUUAAAGGAUCUGGAAAUCAAAAUGGAAGUAAAGGUGGUGGGCAAUGUGAGGAUCCCUAGGGCAUCAAGAGAAUGUAUUCUGAUUUUCUAAUGUACAUAAUUGUAAAACAUCUUAAAAAGAUGGUUUUUGCAUCUUUGACUCUUGUUAAACGCCGGAUCCCCUCUACCAUUCAUUUUGUAAGUUGCAUGCACGGUCAUGAUUCAGGUUCUUUUGCGAAUCUUUUCUAAAACAAUGUUUGAGACUUGAGAGUGAUUCUUGAAGCUAAUUUAUUUCUAAGAAUAAAAUUUCAUUUGUGAGCGUA